UUUCUUAAAAAAAUUGCAAGACUGGAAACGAAGCGUUUAGAUUUAGAAGAACAGAAGAUUCAGCUUCGUCGAUCUUGUUUCUUCUAUCAUCAUUCGACAUCGCGUUAGGGUUUGCAGAUUUUCAAUUUCCCUUCGAUUCGCUACCCUCCACCCUCAGCAUCUCGCAAUUCCCUCGUUGUUCCGUUUGGGAGACUCAUUAAAUCGAGAGAUAUCGGCUCACAAGACUACAACAUAAGAAAGACGAGCAUGUAAACAAAGGAAAAAAAUGGAGGCUGAGGCGCAAAUCUCUCACGAUUCAAAUACUCAAUUUCAGCCAGAGCCUGUUGUCUCAGUUCAAAAAGGGGAUCCUGGUGUUUCCUCAUCUGUGGCAAAUGCUGUUAUCCCUCAGCAGCCAGGUCUCUACAAAAAACCAACCAGGCAGUGGGCAGGGACUCGACAAGAGGAGGAGAGUUUCUUCACUGCAUUGCGACAAGUUGGGAAGAAUUUUGAGAAAAUCACUUCCCGUGUACAAAGUAAAAACAAAGAUCAGGUCAGGCAUUAUUACUACCGGCUUGUGAGGCAGAACAAACUUCUUGGUCCAGGACUAUGUUUGGAUGCCAAAAACUCUAAAGAUACUAAUGCUGCAAUGCUUCGCUGGUGGUCUUUAUUGGAAAAGUAUAGCUGCAAAGCCUCAAAGCUUCACCUGAAGCCCCGGAGAUUUAAAAUAUUUUUAGAAGCCUGGUUAGAGCAUCAACUAUUGAAGGACCGAAAAAGAAUGUAAGGAAGCGACCCUGCAGGGGGGAAUUGUCUUCCUCCUGUGCCUACCACAGUCUCAAAUCAGGGUAGAGCAUCAGGAAACGAGGCCCGUGCAGUUAAACUGGUUCUUGUUGAUAGUCAAAAUAUUUUAAAAUUGGGACCUUCAAAAUCAUCAAUGAAGGCCAAUAUAAACAUGGGUGUUAGCCGGAGUAACACUAAGGGAGAUUCAAAUACCAUGAAAUCGACAAGCAACGAAAGAAAUCUGGGAUUUCAACUGCUUGCAUAUCGAAAAUGGGAGAAGGCUGCAAUUGCUGGCGUUUCUUUAGUUGCAGAUGAUGCUGAGCAUUUGGAGCGAGCUGCAACUGUUAGAGAGAUUGAACAAGACCAGGGAAAUCCAGGAGAAAAGUGUUCUGAUCCAACUGAUUAUGUCCUGCCAUCUUUACCCUCAUGUCCGCAAAAUCAAUUUGUUGAUAACAAUGUGAAUAGUAUGAAACUUAAGCUCCAUAUUCCCAAUCGAUAACCCACUCGAAGAGCAUUGGAAGUGGAUAAGCAUAAUCCUCACCUGGAGCUUACACUUAGUACGAAGAAGAUAUCCUCAAUUUUGGAACAUCAACGUAAAUGGGGUCAUUCUAGCAUAGCAGUUGGAGAAUUAAUGCUUUUUCCUUAUGGUGUUCAAAGGGAAAAUUUGUUUAAUUAUCAGAGAUGGUCCCAGGAAUCUACUCUGAGUGCAGCUGAUAUUUAUGCAAUGAUUGGAAGUCCACCCAUAUUUCGUUUAAGGUAUGGUUGGUUCUCCAAUUCUGAACUUGGGUUAUUAAAUAUGCAAGUGCCUGUAGCAUCCGGCUCCAUCCUCACACAAUCCAAACGUAGUGUGUAUAAUUCUAAGGAUCAGAUUGUGAAUUCAGUUUCAUUUCCUACGGCAGCAGCUAAUGCUCAUUCCAUGGAGCUCUCUGAAGGUUGCAGAAUAUCCAUGAACAGAAACCAUACUCUCAUGACCUCCUCACCUGGUGUGCCUAACACUAGAGGCAACAGUGCUUACCUCAAUACAAGCUCUGACGAAUCUCGUCAUCCUACAGCCAACACAUUGUGGCAUGAAAAAGAUGUCGGGGAUGAAGCUGUAACUACGCAGUUAGAAGACUUGGAAGAGUUAAAAUUAAGCAGUGGAACAGGACUGUCAGCUGGAGAAUGGGCUGACAGUCUUACCAACAUUAGUGUGGGGGAUCUACUUUCAGGAGUGUCCCAGGAUCUCGAAGAUGACUGCAUCAAUCCUCCUAUUGCUGAUAAUUGUCAUGAUGUUCAGCAAGUUCCUUUUAGUAGCGAUUCUUUUGAUGCUGCCAUUGCUGCUCACAUAUCUAGACACCAAGACAAGAUGGGACAAUCGACGCUGGCAGCCCAUAUGUCUUCCAUCUGGGAUGCUGAAGAAACUUGUGAUGCCUUUAUAUUUCGAAGAGAUCACAUUCUUCAUGCUGAUCGUCCUUGUUUGUCUCCAGUUGCUUCUUUAGAGUCCGAGAAAAAGGUUCCUGAAAGAAGCUUUGAGAAAUUGGACGAGUUGUCACCGGAAAGAGAGGGGCUUGUGGAUGAUUUUGUUCAAUCAGACCCUAUGCCUAUGGACAGUUCCGAGUCCGAUGCAGAUAUCCAGGAUCAUUUAGGAAAGGAUUUUAGUGCGCUAGCAGACAUAUAUUGGCCUGAUUCCUUGGGGCCUUUGGAUUUGGAUAUACCAUCAUCAACAAAGUACCAUACCGAGGAUCUAAUUUUUAGUGACAGUCUUAGUGGACUGAAUCGCUUGAUAGCAAGCAGCCUGGAUGCAUUUCAGAAUUGCUCCUUUUUUGGGUUUGACAAGAAGGAAGCACCGUCAACAGUUGAGGCUCGAGAAUCUGCCACUCUCUCAGAUUUUAAAAUUGGAAGUGGUAUCUGAGACUCAUGAUGACUGGAUCUUGGUAAUGUUUUCCUAUUCUGGCGUGAACUGGGUUGAAGUUUGUUAAGAAUUAACAAUUUUCCUUAAUCUUACUGGAGGGUGCAUGCUGAAGAAGUGUACCGAGUCACUUCAACUCUUCCUGUAUAUGUUUCUCUAAUCUGUCUCUCUUUCCUUUUGUACAAAGAAACUGUAGAAAUUCUCCUUUUUUAGUUGAACAUACAUUUUUUA